AGCAGCUGUUUAUAUGACUUCGAUGGAGCCCGUUAGUGUCAACUAAAGUCUGGAACCCCUAUCUCGGCGCUGCAGAAUGAUGUCUCAAAUCCUCGACGUCAAUGCGUCGCGAUCUCAGAGUAAUACAAGCGGUGCGCUCGCACGAGGUCACACUGUAUCCAUGCAGUAGUGUCGACGAUGCCAGCAUCGCAGCACUGUAUUCAUGCGAUCAUCCGACAUUAUAUGCUAGCACGUCGUCGCGGCUUGCACCAAGACCAGUGAGACGUCGGAAUCUAUGCUUCCAUACCAACAUUCCGUGGAUUGAACGCGUGGCUCAGGCACUUCCCCGCUAGCGACGAUUUGACGUCUUUUGGUCCUAUCUUUUUCACUGAUGCUAGUCAGGCGCAGAUAAUUAUGGGCGCAUUACCCACAUAUCACCCGAUCAGUCGCUCAUCAGGCCUGGGUCGAUCGGGAGCGUUGAA